CCGCAACAUGUGGUAACCUUUCAUCUGCUUCAAUGCGCCCUGCAACUACCCCCUUUCGUGCAUCCUCGCGGUCGAAUGCACGGCCUCAAUUUGCCUCGACCCCUCGCUUCUUCGUCUCACAAAGGACCCCCGCAUCGCAACAAGUAACCCAAGAUGCCGACUCAAUUGGAGGAGAUGACACCAACGAUACUCCAGUUCCGACCGCCCGCUUCUUCAAGCGCGAUAGGGGCUUCACUUCGACGCAACGUCAGAAAGAGAUUAUCGAAGACUCGGACGAUACCGACCUUCACCAGCAGGACCAUGCGGUAUACACCCGCUCCAGUGAUGUCAUCUUCGAUGAUGGGCAAGUGCAGAGCAGCUCGCCUGUGUCACCGGCGGAUGAAGAGCUCGGAUUUGAAGAUCUCUUCGCAACAAUUGAGGAACGAAAGAAACGGCGAAGAGUCUCACUGGACAAUGAGGUCUCCUCAACCCAGCCACCAACAAGAUCAGACACAGACUGGGUUGCGUCGUCUUCACAAGAUCCUUGCCUAACUUCACCUUCUCAACCUCAGUCACCGACACCAUUAGCUGAGACACGAAAUCGGGUCCACAGACAGGACCCUCUCGAAACUUCACCACGUACCCCGGCGGUCACAACAAUACCCCGACCCUCAGUGCAGGGUGGCAUGAACCCUCCCUCCACUGUCAAUGCGCGGCGGUUCCGGGUUUCAAUGUCCCACUUACCUCCAAGCACUCAGCCCCAGUCCAGCAGCAAACCGUGGAUCUCAGCGUCAACGCAAGAGCCAGCAUCGUCCCAGCGCCGGAAACCGCCAACCUUCGUGCUACCUCGUUCACCAUCUCCUUCACACAUGGACGACGAGCUUGCUGCACUCCCGACUCCAUUUUCCCCAUCCUCCCGGAAAUUACGCCGGCGUGGGCGUACCCGCGGUCCUGCCCACACCUAUCUCCCGGGUGGGAUGGCUGCCGAAGUACGCAGCUGGAUCCUGGAAACAGGCACUCGACACGAGCAACAUCUGCAGACGGGUCUUACCGGUCGUCUAGGCGCGGAUGCAUCUGAACAGAGUUCACGGAACAGCUCAGUUGUAGUACGGAUCGACAAUGUGCAUCAGUCUUCCUUUCCCAGCUGUGGUCCUCUUGCGUUUGUGUGCGGGCAUGAGAUCGUUGCUCUUGAUGAGGAUGAUGCGGGGACAGAAUCAGAUUCGCAGUCGAGAAAAUUACUUCUCAUUGGAGCACCGCGAUCUCAAUCUGAAGCAGUGAUGCAGCUCCGGCGAAGCGAUGUCUCACCGCCUGAGCUUUGCCCUGGAAAUGCCAUUGGCAUCCGUCGAGGAUUGACCUGGGAUAUUGAUCUAGGUGAAUGCGACAUAGGAAUGGAAACCGAAGAAGAACUUCCUGCUCUACGAGCGGCAGGAAAAUGGACCGUUGUUCUGGAAUGGGAGCUGGUCCCUGAGGCAGACGGUCAAGAUAGUGCAUAAUUGAGAAACCCUACAUGUAUGACCAUCAAGAAUAAUACCACCUCAUCAUCCUAAUGAUGUCGAGAAUGAAAUUUCUAUUUAUAUACAAUGUUCUUGGCCCUAUCCCUUCUUAUGCUAACCUGAUUGCUAACGCCAAAUGCACCUAAGCCAGCCAGCAGAAGAAACGUAUCUUAGUAGCUGAUUU